ACGAUUCACGACGAUGCUUAUAUCCACGUCAACAUCUUUUCUUCUCUCAAACCUCGCUCCCUAACUUCACCAAUCUCUCUCUCUCUCUCUCUCUCUCUCUGUUUUACUCAACUCACAAGCAUCUUCUACUUAUUUGCUUUCAAUUUACUGCUUCUACUGUGCUAAAUCUGUCUCAGUGACAGACCCAUUUAAGCAAUUGUCGGCGAUUACUGGGUUAUUUGUUGCUUUUCCAUUCUGAAUCUCGAAUUUCCCAUCUUUUGGUUGUGAAAUUGGUGUUAUCUGAUGCGAUUCAUUGUGGGAUGUUGAGUUGAUGCGUUUUACUUUACUGUAAUUGGAUGGAAGCAAAUGGGUUCACUGGAAAAUGGAUUUCCAUUGAAGAGAGACCCACUUCUUCGUUCUUCAUCGAGUGUUAGAGGGGAAAGAUACCCAUUUCUGCAGAGACCCAGAUCGAGGUUUUCACGGUUUUUGUUUUUCCGGAAGAUUGAUUACCUGCAAUGGAUUUGUACUGUGGCUGUGUUCUUUUUCUUUGUGGUUCUUUUUCAAAUGUUCUUACCUGGAUCAGUCGUGGAGAAGUCUGAGGUUGCUCUUAAAGAUGUGGAGAAAAGUUUAGGGGAUUUGAAGUUUUUAAAGGAGCUGGGCAUGCUGGAUUUUGGGGAGGAUAUUCGAUUUGAGCCGUCGAAGCUUUUGGGGAAAUUUAAGAAAGAGGCAAGAGAAGCGGACUUCUCAUCUUUUAAUAGGACAAGAAGUCGUUUUGGGUAUAGAAAACCUCAGCUUGCACUGGUAUUCUCAGAUCUUUUGGUCGAUUCUUAUCAAGUGCUAAUGGUAACCAUUGCAUCUGCUCUUCAGGAGAUAGGAUAUGUAUUCCAGGUUUAUUCUCUUCAAGGCGGGCCAGCAAAUGAUGUUUGGAGGCAGAUGGGAGUCCCAGUAACUCUAAUUCAAAGUUGUGAUGAGACUGAGGUCAUGGUUGAUUGGCUAAACUAUGAUGGCAUACUUGUGCACUCUCUUGGAGUGAAAGAUGUCUUUUCCUGCUAUCUGCAGGAACCUUUCAAAUCCUUACCACUCAUCUGGACCAUCCAUGAAGAAGCCCUUGCCAUACGAUCUCAAAACUAUGCGUCAGAUGGGUUACUUGAUAUUUUAAAUGAUUGGAAGAGAGUAUUCAACCAUUCAACUGUUGUCGUCUUUCCUAAUUAUGUUAUGCCGAUGAUAUACUCUGCAUAUGAUAGUGGUAAUUUCUUCGUGAUUCCAAGUUUUCCUGCUGAAGCAUUGGAAGCAGAAAUUGAUGUCACCUCAGAUGCUGAUAAUCUACGUGCAAAAAUGGGCUAUGCAAAUGAUGACUUGGUUAUUGCCAUUGUUGGAAGCCAAUUUUUAUACAGAGGCAUGUGGCUGGAACAUGCGAUGGUUUUGCAGGCCAUGUUGCCACUACUUCAUGAGUUUUCUUUCUAUGAACAUUCCAAUUCUCGUCUCAAGAUAUUUGUUCUAAGUGGGGAUUCAAAUAGCAAUUACACGAUGGCUGUUGAGGCCAUUGCUCAGAGACUGGAAUAUCCAAGGAGUGUUGUGAAGCAUUUUCCUGUUGCUGCAGAUUCAGACAAAGCUCUAAGUAUGGCUGAUCUUGUUAUAUAUGGUUCUUGUUUGGAAGAGCAAUCUUUCCCAAAGGUUUUGGUAAAAGCCAUGGGAAUGGGAAAACCAAUCAUCGCCCCAGAUCUUGCCAUUAUUAGAAAACACGUUGAUGACAGGGUAAAUGGCUAUCUGUUCCCCAAGGGAAAUUUCAAUGUACUUUCCCAAAUUAUUUUGCAAGUGAUCUCGGAAGGGAGAUUAUCACCACUGGCUCAAAGUAUUGCUUCAAUUGGAAGAGACACUGUGAUAAACCUGAUGGUUUCAGAAACUGUGGAGGGAUAUGCCUCACUACUUGAUGCUGUUCUUAAGCUUCCAUCAGAAGCGGCACCAGCUAAGGAAGUUGCAGAAAUCCCAUCCAAAUUGAAAGAAAAAUGGCAGUGGCAGUUAUUUAAAGGGGUAUCAAAUUUGACUGUCCUGCAGAGGAACGAAAAAAGUUUCACAGUUUUAGAUGAAUUUGAAAAGAAUUGGAACCAUACUCCAAAAAGGAAGCCUGGUAGUUCUUUUGCUCUUAAUGAGUCAUUUAUAUAUGGUAUAUGGGAGGAGGAAAGAUAUACUGUGAUGUCUAAUAUCAAAAGGAGAAGAGAGGAAGACGAGAUAAAAGAUAGAACUGAACAACCUCAUAACACAUGGGAGGAUGUGUAUCGAAGUGCUAAGAAGGCUGAUAGGUCUAAGAAUGAUUUGCAUGAGAGGGAUGAAGGGGAGCUUGAAAGGACCGGACAGCCAUUAUGCAUUUAUGAACCUUACUUUGGCGAAGGAGUUUGGCCUUUCCUGCACCGUUAUUCUCUUUAUCGUGGAAUUGGGCUGUCUAGUAAAGGCAGGCGAUCUGGGAUAGAUGAUGUUGAUGCACCUUCACGACUUCCACUUCUCAAUAACCCUUACUAUCGUAAUGUACUUGGUGAAUAUGGAGCUUUCUUUGCAAUUGCUAACCGGGUCGACCGCAUUCACAAGAAUGCUUGGAUCGGUUUUCACUCUUGGAGAGCAACUGCCAGGAAUGUAUCACUGUCAAAAAUUGCAGAAACUGCAUUAUUAGAUGCAAUUCAAACACGAAGAUACGGAGAUGCACUCUACUUUUGGGUUCGCAUGGAUUCGGAUCCAAGAAACCCACUACAGCUUGAUUUUUGGUCAUUUUGUGAUUCCAUAAAUGCUGGAAAUUGCAAGUUUGCAUUCUCCGAGUCUUUGAAGAUGAUGUAUGGUAUAAAAAGUGAUCAGGAAUUUCUACCGCCCAUGCCUGCAGAUGGAUAUACGUGGUCUGCUAUGCAGAGCUGGGCUCUCCCAACCAGAUCUUUUUUAGAAUUUGUCAUGUUUUCAAGAAUGUUUGUUGAUGCAUUAGAUGUGCAGAUGUACAACGAACACCAUUCAACUGGACGAUGUUAUUUGAGUUUGUCCAAAGACAAGCACUGUUACUCCAGGCUACUUGAGCUCCUUGUAAAUGUUUGGGCAUAUCACAGUGCAAGGCGUAUUGUGUAUGUGCACCCCGAGACUGGCGCAAUGCAAGAACAACACAAGUUUGAUAUACGGAGAGGCCAAAUGUGGAUCAAAUGGUUUUCGUACACUAUGAUAAAGAGCAUGGACGAAGACUUGGGAGAGGAAGCAGAUGCCGAUCACCCCACGAGACGGUGGUUGUGGCCGUCAACAGGUGAGGUUUUUUGGCAAGGUGUGUAUGAGAGAGAGAAGAAUUUACGAUUUCGGCAGAAAGAGCACAGAAAGCAAAAGAGUAAAGCUAAACUAGACAGAAUGAGACACAGGAGACACCAAAAGGUGAUAGGGAAGUAUGUAAAGCCUCCACCAGAGAUGGAAAAUUCAACCACAACAAAUGGUACAGAAACUAUUUUGCAAACUAAUUAACUUGAUGGAAAUUGGAGGGUUAGUCAAAAGUAGAGCCUAAUCUUAAAUUCAUUUCAUUUUUAACAUCUUUUUUUUUUCUUAUCAUUUUUUCUGGAAGGAUGUCUUUGGGUUUUGUUUUUACCUCCUUUCUUUUGGUUCAAAUUUUAUUGUUAUUAUGUAAAAACUACAUCCUUCUUGACUGGUGCCAUUGUAUCUUUAUUCACAUGUAUUAUAUCGUGUUGUUUUUCCUGUUUAGUCCAUUUUUAUGGCAGUUCACUCCUAAAUGUAAUAUAUACUCUUUGGAAGUGAGUAAAUUCGGGUUUUUCUUAUCUUGAUCUAUGAUGAAAAUAUUAUUGGAAACU